AUGAACAACUAUUUCCAAGGAGUGCGGAUUGACAUUUUCAAAAGGCCCUAUCGAGUUUACACUGGAGCGUUUUGUGGAAAGCCUCAACUCGAUGAAGGAGGUAAAAUUAUGUUGCCAGCUUCUGCUUUAGAUGAGUUGGCUAGACUGAAUAUUGUUUAUCCAAUGCUUUUUAAGAUAUCUAAUCCAAAGAAGAAAAAGUACACCCACUGUGGCGUUUUGGAAUUUAGUGCAGAGGAAGGAAGAGCAUACAUUCCGUUCUGGAUGCAAGAAUAUUUACAGUUAGCUCCUGGCUCUCUUGUAAAUAUUGAAAGUGCUACUUUGCCAAAGGGAACAUUUGUAAAAAUCAGACCACAACAGAAGGCUUUCAUUGAAAUAUCCGAUCCAAAAGCUGUAUUGGAAAAACAAUUAAGAAACUUUUCAUGUCUCUCACGAGGCGAUACCAUCAUCAUAGCUUACAACAACAAACAAUUCUUUAUUGAUAUUGUGGCUGUUGCAAGUGCUAGUGGAGACUGUGAAGCCGUCAGUAUUGUAGAAACCGAUGUAAAAGUAGAAUUCGAACGACCAGCAGAUAUGCCUCCUUCACCUAUCAAUCCUCAAACUCCAUCUGCUGAUGAAUUAUUCAAAGUGAAACCUCCUUCUCAACAACCACCAACGGCUCAACCAACAAAAGAAGAACCAAAGGAAGUGCCAAAAUUCACAGGUGUUGGACGCAGAUUGGAUGGCAAGGGUGCUUCUUCCUCGUCACAAUCUUCUUCUUCAUCCACACAAACCAGUACGACAUCCUCUUCAACAACAACAACAACUAAACCUGCUGCUGUCUCUUCUUCGUCUCCCUCAACUACUCCACCUUCGAACGGAACGUCUCUCAACACUUCUGGACUCGUUGUUGGAAGAAAAAGAAAAACCUAUGGCGAAGAGGACAAGAACAAACAGGCUGGAACUUCUGCAAGCAGCAACCCAACAACCGAAAAGAAAGACGAAAACAAGUUUAAGGCAUUUUCGGGACAAGGUAGAUCUUUGAAAUAA